GUUGCCGUGGAGUGAAGCUCCUUCAGUCGACUCCUCUAUCUUUGGUGCAGCACAGUGCGAGAGGCGCACAAGUGUAGUCAGCCAGCGACCCAGCAGAAAUGUCGGAAAGUGGGAGUCAGGAACCUGCCGUGGCCGCAAACGGCAGCGACAGCCCGACAAAACGUGCACCCAGACCGCCAGUGGGCAACAGAGUGACCGUGGUUCUCGGGGCUCAAUGGGGCGACGAGGGGAAAGGAAAAGUUGUGGACCUGCUCGCACAAGACGCGGAUAUGGUGUGCAGAUGUCAGGGCGGCAACAACGCAGGACACACCGUGGUGGUCGACUCGGUGGAGUACGACUUUCACCUCCUCCCCAGCGGCAUCAUCAACCCCAAGGUCACUGCUUUCAUUGGUAACGGUGUUGUAAUUCACCUGCCAGGCCUGUUUGAAGAGGCAGAAAAGAAUGAAAGCAAAGGAAAAGGUCUAAAAGACUGGGAGAAAAGGUUGAUCAUCUCAGACAGAGCACAUAUUGUGUUUGACUUCCACCAAGCAGUUGAUGGUGUUCAGGAACAGCAGAGACAAGAGCAAGCAGGCAAGAACCUCGGGACAACAAAGAAGGGGAUUGGUCCAGUGUACUCAGCCAAGGCAGCACGUAGUGGUCUCAGGAUAUGUGACCUGUUGGCUGACUUCACCCAGUUCUCUGAAAGGUAUAAAGCUUUGGCGCAGCAGUACAAGGGUAUGUACCCCACUCUGGAGAUUGACAUAGAGGGAGAGCUGAUCAAAUUAAAGAACUAUGUAAAGCGGAUCAAACACAUGGUGAGAGAUGGGGUGCACUACAUGUACGAGGCUCUUCAUGGCCCUCCUAAGAAGAUCCUGGUGGAAGGAGCCAACGCAGCACUGCUGGACAUUGACUUUGGGACGUACCCGUUUGUGACAUCGUCCAACUGCACGGUGGGAGGGGUGUGUACGGGUCUUGGCAUGCCGCCUCAGAACGUUGGGGAGGUUUAUGGGGUCGUCAAGGCCUACACCACCAGAGUCGGCAUCGGAGCUUUCCCCUCAGAGCAGAGCAACGAGAUCGGAGAGCUACUCCAGACUCGGGGGAAGGAGGUGGGCGUGACCACAGGCAGGAAGAGGAGAUGUGGUUGGCUGGAUCUGGUGCUUAUCAAAUAUGCACACAUGAUUAACGGCUUCACUGCUUUAGCACUCACCAAACUGGACAUACUUGACGUGUUUGCAGAGAUCAAAGUGGGCGUAUCGUACAAAGUUGACAACCAAACUAUACCUUACUUUCCAGCCAAUCAGGAGGUGUUGCAGAAUGUGGAGGUCCAGUAUGAGACGCUGCCGGGGUGGAACAGCGACACCUCGGCUGUGAGAAGCUUUGAGGAGCUGCCUGAGAACGCCCAGAAAUAUGUCCACUUCAUUGAGGGGCAUGUUGGAGUGCCUGUCAAGUGGAUCGGCGUGGGCAAGUCUCGGGAGUCCAUGAUCCAGCUGUUCUAAACGAAAGGUGGACAAACACGAGCAAAGAGAAUGCACAGCCCCCCCUACACACACACACACACACACACACACACACACACACACACACACACGCCCUUAAUGCUUUACCUCUGAAUCAGCAGACUGUCCUAUGUUACAGACUGGACCUCUUUGGAUCAGACUCCCAUCCGACUGACCUCCAUGAACGAAUGGUUUCCCAGCUUCUCCAUCUGGAUUUUGAACAGUUUUAAACUUUAGCAUAACAGCUCCAUGUUAAAGUCCCUCUUUUAAUUUGUCCCUGUUUGUAUUGUAACCGUUUAUUCCAGACAUACAACACACUCGGCAACACCGACUGUCAUCAGGUCUGAAAGAUGACACGAGGGAAGGACUCCACACACACGUGAUCACUCCCCGGAUGAACUGUUCACAGAUGUUUGCGUGGUCAAACGUUUGUUCAAGUGUAUUUUUGUUAAUCUAUGCUGUGUUUAAAUGUGCUGUGCCAGUCUGGUGUAAAUCAGUUUUAACCUCUGCACUUUAGAUGCUUUGGACUGGAUCUACCUUUUAUGUUUUAUUCUGCCAGGUGUACACCACCUCCUGACAUUAUAAAGGGAUCCUUUUAAUAUUUUUAACAUGUCUUUUUGUGUUUGUUCUCAUAUUGCCUUGUCAUUCUACCAAAACAUUUGCUUUUAAAUUUGUUGUAGCUAGCGACUUCUUUCACUGAACGCAUCCCGUACCAUGUUUUUCACUCUAACUUUGGCAGUUGAGUUUUCCAUGAACCAAUACAAAGAUUAUAACUAGUGUAACUAUCCCUUUUUCAAAUGGAAAUCAAUUCAUCAUUCAUCAUUGAUUUUCUUGGCACUUGGUAUAAUGCUGUUUAAAUCUAGAGGAAGGAAAUUGGUAACAACUUUUGCACAAAGAAACAUGUAAAUAUGGAUUGAUAAAUGCUGUAUAAGACAGUUGUUCAUUUUUCUCCUUUUUGUUUUUGUCCACUCCUCGGCCAUUGUUAUAACACACGUCUUUAAAACCAGAAAAAUAAGGCUUUAAUAUAAAAAGUUGUGGGUUGCAUUUUGCCUUCAGAAAGAAAAGCUGGUACCUCUUUUUCACCAAUUCAAUGGCACCAUCCAAAUAAGCCAUUUAGCGCUACCUGCUGGUAAAAAUUGUAUUGUGUCUUAUGCUGCAUUCCAGAAAUGUCAGCAAAAUGGAAGAACAAGAAAAUCUCCCAUGACUCUGACUUGGAAGCGUUCUUGUCAUGUACAUCAUUUAAAUAGCCUUAAUAAGCUGUUUUUUUAUGUUACGUACUUGUAGCAGUUUGUUAACAAGUGAAACCAGAUACAUAUAAACUGUGUAGCUCCCUUUUACAUUUUAUAAGUUGUUAUUGUUUUUAUAUUUAGAUGUGCCAAGCUAUUGUGGCUUUCCAGCCGUUUUGCUACUGGUCGAUGGUGAUAUCCAACUUGGAAUUACGACCAUGCUUGCUGGUAAUUAAGUUUUUGUUUUUGUUUUAUAUUGAAGCAGCAGAGGCCACCAUGUCCUGACUUUAAGUCUAUAGUUUGGUGCCAGGCUUCUGAAAUGUUAUUAUGAAUCAUAAGAAUGUGGCAUUAGAUCAAAUUUUAGAAAGCUCCUCCCGAGCCACAGAAGACAAUAAGCUGUUCACAUGCUCAUCAUGAGGAGUAGACUAAACUUCAUGUAACAUUUUAAGCACGCUCCUUUAAUAAACCGCUUGUUAGACUGAAGGAGGAGAACCAAAAAGAAAAAACUCUCGGUAAAGCUGAACAAGCUUUGGUGGAAGAAAGAAAACCGCUCUUUAUUAGACACACAGCUGACAUACCAAGUAUACUUUCCUCUUUAAACACAUAAUGUGGUAUUUUGAAAAGCCCCAACAGAUUAUUAAAAUAUUCUAUUUUCACAUUAGAAUUAUUUGCAAAUGUGAUUGCAUGAGUUACUGAUUUUAUGUCAGAUAUUAGAAACAACGUGUUUUGCAGUGGCAGCAAGACAGUUGCACGUUACAAAGUUAAUUUAGCGUUUAAUUCCACAACUAAGUACAACAUGACAUCAAUGGGUUUGAUGGCAGCAGUUUUGCAUUCAGUAUUUUGAAAGAAGCAAUGAGUCAUCAAGUCAAUUCUGCUGGGAAGCAUUUAGUCCGAUUAUUGAUAUGUAACUUUGGUAUAAAACUCAGUCUGAAAUAAGAUUCUCAGGACAUUGAUUACAAAUGUAAUUACUCUUUAUGCUACUUUUGUCUUGUUUGUAACUGCUGAAACCAGUGGGGCAAAACCACAUGUAUAAUCUCAAAAAAAUCUUAAUUUUGAGAUGGUGUUUUCUAAAUUCUGAACAAUGGUUUUGCAAAGCAGCUCCUAUUGAUAAAGAAAGUAAGUCAUUCUCAUUAUGUACUGAUUCAUUGACACCCGUUUGCUCCUGUCUGCCUCCCUACUAGGGGUUAAAAGUGAAACAGUAACCAGGAUCAUUCAGUCAUUUAAAAAAAAGAAGUGUGUUAGUUUGUAUCUGUGACCCUGUAUCUCCUUGUUUCACCAGAACUGUAUUUGUUCUCUUUGCUGUGUUAUAAUGAACAUUUACCCCUUUACAUGCUCACACUGCCAACUUUUCACUGAAUUCUCGUUCACAACCUGAACAUCUGCGGUGUCCAUUUCUGUCUUUCUUUCCUUUCCUUUUUAUUUUGAACAUGUAUCAAUGUACCUUCAAUCACUGUUUAGCCCAUUGACUUUUUCAGUGCAGACGUCUCCCUUGACAUCUGGUUAAGACUAAAUGAAUGUUUUAGGCUACCUACGCACAUUACACAAAGUAAAACCUUCAACACA